AUGAAAGGGUACACAUGGUUGAAAGGGAAUCUGGACAAAUACCAUUGGGGAAGCUGGGUUUGGAAUAAGCAAAAUAUUCCAAAGCAUAGCUUCAUCUGCUGGCUGAUUAUGCAAAGGAAGCUGCUCACAAAGGAUAGGCCAGCUCACAAAGGGAUGGGUUCAGAUGGCCUAUGUGUAUUAUGUGGAAAUGCCUCAGAAUUAAUAGAACACUUGUUCUAUGAGUGCCAAUUUUCUAAAUUGUGUAUCAAUGAAGUGAUUAAGUGGCUAAAGAUCAGGAUCACAAACUAUGAAGGACAACAUCUAUGGAAACGAGUAGGCAGGAAAAUGGGGAAUAAACUAAGAAGGGGGUUCUCCUUUGCUGUAUUGGCAGCAUUGAACUACCACAUAUGGAAGGGGAGAAACGAAGCCUUAUGGCAAAGUUCAGUGCCUAGACCAAGCAGGCUAUGUGAUCAAAUCAAAAAAGAAUGCAAAGUUCGUGUGAUGGAGAUAAUCAACAAACAAAAGCGGGACAAGGAGAGAAGAUGGAUAGAAGAAGUAUAUAGCUAG